CGCUGUAAACCAACUAUGUGGUCAGCAUUUAUUUUGUAUGGAGGUGCCAUGGAGAAGGAGCAGUGGAGUUGUUCUGUUUAAAAAUGGAAUGUUUAAGUCAUGUAGAUCAAUGCCCGAUGUCGAAAGAGUGUCAGAAUGGACACAGAGAGCCUGACCACAACAAUUCCGAGACAGAAAAUGAACCAAUGCUCAGAGAAAACCCAAGACGUUUUGUCAUCUUCCCCAUACAAUAUCCUGACAUCUGGAAAAUGUACAAACAGGCGCAGGCGUCCUUCUGGACAGUAGAGGAGGUGGAUCUCUCUAAAGACCUCGUGCACUGGGACAACUUGAAGUCUACUGAGAAACACUUCAUCUCCCAUGUCUUAGCCUUCUUUGCUGCCAGCGAUGGCAUUGUCAAUGAGAACUUAGUCCAGAGGUUCUGCCAGGAGGUUCAGGUUCCAGAGGCACGUUCCUUCUACGGCUUCCAGAUCCUCAUGGAAAACGUUCACUCCGAAAUGUACAGUCUGCUCAUCAACACCUACAUCAUGGACUUGAAGGAAAGGGAUUACUUGUUUAAUGCAAUUCAGACAAUGCCUUGUGUGAAGCAAAAAGCUGAUUGGGCACUCCAGUGGAUAUCAGACAAAUCCACUUUUGGGGAGAGACUAGUUGCAUUUGCUGCUGUGGAGGGUAUCUUCUUCUCAGGUUCAUUUGCUGCAAUCUAUUGGCUGAAGAAGCGAGGCUUGAUGCCGGGUCUUACCUACUCCAAUGAACUAAUCAGCCGGGAUGAGGGCCUGCACUGUAACUUUGCUUGCCUACUGUUCAGCUACAUUGUGAAGAAGCCUUCAGAGAACAGGAUAAAGGACAUUAUCAGGAAAGCCGUUAGCAUUGAGCAGGAGUUUCUGACCGUGGCUUUACCAGUAAAUCUCAUCGGAAUGAAUUGCUCACUGAUGAAGCAAUAUAUUGAGUUUGUUGCUGACAGGCUGCUUGAGGAUCUGGGACUAAACAAGGUUUACAAAGUUGAAAACCCUUUUGACUUCAUGGAGUCCAUUUCAUUGGAGGGGAAGACUAACUUUUUUGAGAAAAGGGUAUCUGAGUAUCAGAGAUUUGGAGUGAUGUCUAAUGCCAUGGACAGUGAAUUCACUCUGGAUGCUGACUUUUAAGCUGACUGGCACACAGAUUUAUAUAAUUAUUUUAUCCACAUUAUCCACAUUAUAACAAACAGUGAAUUCAGUCCACACAUGACAGAGUUCAGAGAUUUGAAUGACAUUGUAAUAUGCACAUAUUUAUGUAUUUUGUUGAGUUACAUUUUUAUUUAUAUUGGGAAACCACAAAGCUGUGGCUCGAGAUACCGCAAAGACUGCGGCUUGUUUUGAGAAACCCCAAAUACUGUGGCUCGAGAUACCGCAAAGACUGGCUCGAGAUUCCGCCAAGACUGCGGCUUGUGUGUUUUUGACUGGCUUGUAUUUUUGUGAGUUAGAUUUUUAGUUAUAUUUGGAAACCACAAAAACUGUGGCUGGGCUUAUGUGUUCUGAAUUCCCGCAAAGACUGCGGCCCGUGUGUUUGUUGAGUUUUGGGUUUCCGCAAAGACUGCGGCCUGUGUUUUUGUUGAGUUACAUUUUUAUUUAUAUUGGGGAAACCACAAAGACUGUGGCUCGAGAUACCGCAGACUGCGGCUUGUUUGGGAAACCACGAAGACAGUGGCUCGAGAUACCGCAAAGACUGCGGCUUAUGUGUUUUGGAUUCCCGCAAAGACUGCGGCCUGUUUUUGUUGAGUUACAUUUUGUAUUACUUUUAUCACUUGUAUUAUUGUUUUUAUUAAUUUAAUGUAAAGCACCUUGAGCUGAAAUUCUUGUAUGAAAUGUGCUAUAUAAAUAAAGUCUAUAUGUAAA